UGCUGCCCAAGCGUCUACAGACCGUUUUCAUUCCGGUGAUGGCAGCGUACGUGCGCGCGCUGAUGAGCUGAUCAGAGCUUCUGAACGUUUCUUCUUCUUUCUCCCCAUCUUUCUGUGAAACCCCCCCCCCUUUUUUUCUCUCUUCCUCUCUCCUCCUCCUCCGCGUUUCUUCCCGUCGCAUUUUCUUUCUUCCCUUUUUCUUUUUGAAGAGCUGAUGCUCUAAUUUUGCGCGCGCGACACUCCGGUCUUUUAUUUUCCCUUAAUUUUCAUUUUUUCCCUCUCCCAUCCGGUGCGCGUGCACGGGCCCAGCAUCAGCAUCAGCAUCAGCACCGGUGCGCGUUCCCCUCGCGCUCGCUCCCGAGCUGUGCUUGCUGUGCGCGAGACUUCUUCUCUUCUCGCGCUGCACCAUGGCGCUGACCGUCUGCACGCGCUUUACCGACGAGUACCAGCUUUACGAGGAGCUCGGGAAAGGAGCGUUCUCCGUGGUGAAAAGGUGUGUGAAGAUCUCAUCAGGCCAGGAAUAUGCAGCUAAAAUAAUCAACAAAAAGCUCUCUGCCAGGGAUCAUCAGAAACUGGAGCGAGAAGCUCGAAUAUGCAGACUGUUGAAACACCCCAAUAUAGUUCGGCUUCAUGACAGUAUAUCUGGAGGCUUCCAUUACCUUGUGUUUGAUUUGGUUACUGGAGGAGAACUAUUUGAAGACAUUGUAGCAAGAGAGUAUUAUAGUGAAGCUGAUGCCAGUCACUGUAUUCAGCAGAUUCUGGAGAGCGUUCAUCACUGCCACAUCAACGGCAUCGUACACCGAGAUCUAAAGCCUGAGAAUCUGUUGUUAGCGAGUAAACUUAAGGGAGCUGCAGUGAAGCUGGCUGAUUUUGGACUUGCAAUUGAGGUUCAGGGGGAACAGCAAGCCUGGUUUGGUUUUGCUGGGACUCCUGGUUAUCUGUCUCCUGAGGUUCUGAGGAAAGAUCCCUAUGGCAAACCCGUAGACAUGUGGGCCUGUGGUGUGAUCCUCUACAUCCUGUUAGUUGGUUAUCCCCCAUUUUGGGAUGAAGAUCAGCAUCGUCUCUAUCAGCAGAUUAAAGCCGGAGCGUAUGAUUUUCCAUCUCCAGAAUGGGACACAGUGACUCCUGAAGCAAAAGAUCUGAUUAAUAAAAUGCUCACAAUAAACCCCAACAAACGCAUCACAGCCACCGAGGCCCUCAAACACCCCUGGAUCUGUCAACGCUCCACAGUGGCUUCCAUGAUGCACCGGCAGGAAACUGUGGAGUGUCUGAAGAAGUUUAAUGCCAGGAGGAAGCUAAAGGGAGCCAUUCUGACCACACUGCUCGUUACCAGGAACUUCUCAGCAGCUAAGAGUUUGCUGAACAAGAAGCCGGACAGUGUGAAGGUCAACAACAAGACCAACAAAGACACAGGCUCCUCCCCAGCACUGGAACCCCAGACAACUGUCAUCCACAAUCCAGUGGAGAGAAACAAGGAGUCAACAGAAAGCAACAAUACAACCAUAGAAGAUGAAGACACAAAAGCAUGUCAGAUUGUCAAUAAAGCUCGAAAGCAGGAGAUAAUUAAAGUCACUGAGCAGCUGAUUGAGUCCAUCAACAAUGGAGACUUUGAAACAUAUGCUAAGAUGUGUGAUCCUGGCCUGACGUCUUUUGAGCCUGAGGCUUUGGGGAAUCUGGUAGAAGGACAUGAUUUCCACCGUUUCUACUUCGAGCACGCUCUUUCGAAGGGCACUAAACCAGUCCAUACUAUCCUGUUAAACCCUCACGUGCACCUGAUCGGUGAGGACGCUGCGUGCAUCGCGUACAUUCGUCUCACACAGUAUUUAGACUCGGGACGUCCGAGAACCGCUCAGUCGGAGGAGACGCGGGUGUGGCAUCGCCGCGACGGCAAGUGGCAGAACAUCCACUACCACCGCUCCGGAGCACCCAGUGCCAAGUAUCAAUAACUAAUCACCAAUCAAUCAACCAUCAUUAGUGAUCAUUCACAGUCCACCGUCUGUAGAAAACAGAGUGUGUGUGUGUGUGUGUGUGUGUGUUGCAGCUGAAGUGAGCCAUCCUCUAUGUAAACUGCUGGAGGCCAUGCUCUGCUGCACCAAGCCCCUCCCACCUCAAUAACAUAUCACUGCUUGGACCAGAGAUUUAAAAAUACAUCGCAAUCUCCAUCUCAAACACACACACACACACACACACACACACACACAGAAUAAAAGGGUAGUGUGUUUUUACAAAUCAUUUUAUGUUUAGUUUAUAGAGAGAUAAACGUGUGUGUGUGUGUGUGUGUGUGUGUGUGUGUGUGUGUGUGGUUAGGGUGAUGUGCAUAUGUCAUGUGAUUGUCUUACAAUCUUGUCUCACCUAAUAUAGUUAUGGCUUUGUUUAUACACACACGCACACACACACACACACACACACACACACACAGGAGCUUAGUGUAUUGACACCAUUCUAUCCAUGAAUAAAAGUAUCUAUGCUGUGAGAAUGUAGCAUAAAGAGCACAUGAGCUGUGCAUGCAGGUUAUUAUAGACCUCAUUAAUAUUCAUGUAUCUAAUCUUUAUUCAUACAUAAUCUUAAUAUUUAUGGGUCCAAGCACAUCUCUGUUCUUACACUUCUUCUUCUUAUUAUUAUUAUUAUUGUGUGUGUUGAAGCACAGUGAGGAGUAAAACUGUAGCGUGUAGAAAUGUAGCAGGAUGGCGGCAUGUCCGAUCCAAUCCGAUCUACACGUCGCCUGAUGGUGGUGCUAUAGAGCAGGAGGACUACAAGCAUUUGGUUCCUCACAUUUUAUUUGGGAGUUAUUAUAAUCUAUGCUGUAUUUAUAAAUCCUGGUAAGGAGGGCGUGGCUUAGUGAUCAUCUCUAAAUAAAACAAAUGAUUCUAAAAUGACAGGACUGAAGGAUUAGGGUCUAUUUGUGGAUCAGUGCUUGGACCCCGGUGAUUGCUGCUCAUGGCUGUAUUUAUGUUCUGGGUUUUUUUUCUUUGUGUUAUUAACAGCUUCCUUUUUCUUGCGUCUCUCCCACAGUGCAUUAUGGGUAUUUUUUUAUUUGUUUAUACAUUACUAUAAUAAAUGCUUGAUGGAUUCAGAGUUGUUAAUGACAUCAGUGUGGACGUGUGUUGUAAUGAGGAACACCGUGGGUUUAAAGCUGAUUGGUUAUUGAGGUCUGGAUUUGGUGAUGAUAGAAGGAUGUCAGAAGCGAACGGUCUUCCUUGAGAAAAAACCUCAUUACUGCUCGACUAUGCCAAUCAUUACCCUUUUAGGUUAUUAUUAUGAUUGUUGUUGUUAUUGUUGUCGUUGUUGUUAAUUGAUCUGCUGAAACCUCACUAUAGACAAACUAGCAAAGGUUCAUUUAUCACCAUGACAACGUUUACCAAUUUACUAUUGAAAUUAAAAUACAAUAAAGUCUGAUGUGAAUCAACUCA